CGCUCUCUCUCUCUCUCUCUCUCUUGGCUUUGACGAAUGGCUUCUCGCCUCCCCCUCCUCCCCAACCUUUCCCUUACCCCAACACACGGCCGCCGCUCAGGGGCUCUACCCCGGCCUCGCCCUAUCUCUGCAGUAUGCACCACCUUCGCUUCCUUCGGCGGCGGCGAUCCGCCGGCUGGGAAUUGGGCCAGGAUGGUACAGAGGGGAAGCUCGAUGAUUUCGAGAGGGUGCUUGGCGAUGGGCGCCGGGAUUGCUGAUGGCAAGAACAAGACGCAGGACGCGAGGCCGAUCGUUGUGAUCGAUAACUAUGAUAGCUUCACCUAUAAUCUAUGCCAGUAUAUUGGAGAGCUUGGAGUAGAUUUUGAGGUUUACCGCAAUGACGAAAUCACUGUGGGAGAGGUCAAGGAGAAAUGUCCGCGAGGAAUACUUAUUUCCCCAGGGCCUGGUACACCGCAAGAUUCGGGUAUAUCCUUGCAAACUGUUCUGGAACUCGGUCCCUCUGUACCACUAUUUGGAGUUUGUAUGGGCUUGCAGUGCAUAGGAGAGGCUUUUGGAGGAAAGAUUGUUCGUUCUCCUUCUGGUGUGGUGCACGGGAAAAGCUCACUUGUUUACUAUGAUGAAGAACUUGAUGAUACAUUAUUCUGCGGCUUGCCCAACCCAUUCACUGCUGGUAGAUAUCAUAGUCUUGUGAUUGACAAAGAUAGCUUUCCUAAUAAUGUUCUUGAUAUUACGGCAUGGACUGAAGAUGGACAAAUUAUGGCUGCUCGACACAAAAAGUAUACACAUAUUCAGGGGGUGCAGUUCCAUCCGGAGAGUAUCAUAACGACCGAAGGUAAAAUAAUGGUGCAUAACUUUAUCAAACUUACUGGGAAACUGGAAGCACAAAAUUCCAAGUCAUGAAAAAUUAGGUCUCCAGAUGCUGUUUGUUGAUCAGGUGAUGAAAGAAGUAAAACCUGUCGAACUCAGUAAAAUAAAUAAUGUGUUUUUUGCUUUGUGGUCGACGAAGAUUGUCAUGAUAAUAGCUUGAUCUCGAACCGUGGUCCUCCAUCCGAGGACAGGAUAUCUCUGUUACAACUUUCAGGAUUCCAUUCGCAUCGUCUUGGCUGUUUUCGGAAUCAUGUUAUGGAUGAAGGGAAUGCUGUUAGUAAAUCUGCAGGGUUAUUACAUUAAAUAGACCAAUCAAGGAACCUCUUCCGUCA